AUGGCAGCAGCUGCAGCAGCUGGUAAUAAUGGCAACCCAAAUGGUGGUAUGUCUGAGUAUCAAGCUGCUGUUGCUGCUACUGCUGCAUACUAUCAACAACAACAGCAGUAUUACUAUCAACAACAACAACAAGCUGCUAUGUUGGCUAUGCAGCAACAGCAGUCUGGGGAACAACGCCAGCAAUCCCAGCCUCAGCAAGGUACGCCGCAGGUCCUAUAUGGUGCUGCACAGGGACAAUAUGCUCCCGGUUAUAUGGCUCCUAAUGCUAUGGCUUGCUAUUACUAUUACUAUCAACAACAACAACAAGGCAUGAAUACUCCACAGCAACAGGCAUCAGUACCUUUAUACUACAACAACACUGCAGGGACUAAUGACAGUGAUUCCUCCGCCACCUCUUCAUCGGCCUCUGCUGCUGCUGCCCCUCAACUUCCGUAUUAUUACUACGAUCCUAAUACUGCUGCUGCUGCUGGCAAUGGGCAAGGUGUUCCCAUACCCUCGACACAGGCUUAUUACUACUACUAUCCCCAGCAGCAGUACAUGCAGGCUUACAGUCAUGCGCAACAACAAGAGUCUACACCAGAAGGAGUGGGACAAGCUUCAUAUGAGGCUGAUGGGAUAGGUGAACAGCAAGAACAGGAGGACGAUGAGGAGUCUGAUGAGGAUGUUGUUGAUAACGAUGAUCAGCGUAAAGGGAGGAGGAGGCCUGGAUUAAUUGCUAAGCUUACUACACCGAUACAGAAGACUACCACCACGACGAGCGAUGUGCACAUACUUCCUACUCCUGUUAUUAAUACACCUGAGGACGGUGUGGGAUCUGUUGAGAUUAAUCACAGCGGUGAAGCAGGGAAGGAUGGUAUUCACAGUGAACAGAAGGAAGGAUCUGUGCUCACUUCUGGUGUGAUAGCACAGGACUUGGGAUCAGCGGAUAAGGCGGAUAUUGUG